AUGGCACUUGUCACAGAAUGCCAUUCCUGGAUCCUUCCUGGUAGCAAUGAGGCCUUACUCAAAGGCAUGGCACCUCGCCACAGAACACCGUUCCUGGUGGAGCAGGAGCAGAUUCAGAAGAGGACGUUCACCAACUGGAUCAAUGCCCAGCUCUCCAAGAGGACCCCUCCCUCAGUGGUGCUGGACCUGUUCUCAGACCUGCAGGACGGGACACGGCUGCUGGACCUGCUAGAGGUGAUGAGCAGCCAGCGCAUGAAACGAGAGAAGGGCCGGGGAGUUUUCCAGCACAGGAGCAACAUUGAAACAGCCCUGAACUUUCUGAAGAAGAAAUCAAUCAAACUGGUGAACAUCAAUGUCCCUGACAUCAUCGAUGGCCGUCCCUCCAUCAUCCUGGGUCUGGUGUGGUCCAUUAUCCUGCACUGUCACAUCGAGGAGCUGGCGAACACCUUGUCCUUCAGCUCCCGCCAUUCGUCGCUGGAGUCACUGGAGUCCCUGGGCAGCCAGGACUCUCCCCGCAGCAGCCCUGCCCAGCACCGGGCAUCGCCCCUCCACGCCCGCUUCCGCAUCUCAGCCAAGAAGGCCCUGCUGCUGUGGGUCAGGGAGCAGUGCAGCAGGGCCGGCUGCACCCUCAACAUCAAAGACUUCAAGUCCAGCUGGCGCAGUGGCGUAGUCUUCCUGGCCAUCCUCCAUUCCCUGCGCCCCGACCUCGUGGACUUGUCAGAGGCCGAAAACAGAACCAACCAGCAGAACCUGGAGGAAGCCUUCCGGCUCGCGGAGAGGGAGCUGCGGAUUCCCAGGCUGCUGGAGCCAGAGGAUGUUGAUAUCAAAGACCCAGAUGAGAAGUCCAUCAUGACGUAUGUGGCCCAGUUCCUGCAGUAUUCCAAAGACCUAUCUGUGCCUGAAGAGGAUUCCCAGGUGCACUCCCUGACUCCACCCACAUGCCUCUCUCCUGUCCAUCUGCCCUCUCAUUUCACUCCUGCUGUGGCCGCCUCCCCUGUGCACCAGGCGACCCCCAGUCAGAAAGUCAGGGAGGUCACAUUAUGGCUGCAGCAGGCCCACCAGGAGCUGCUGGAGGUUUGGGGCUCGACAGAGGGCAGGAGCUAUGCCCAGAGGUACCAGGCAUUCCAGACAUUCGUGGUGCCGUUUGAUGAGCAGCGACGGCAUGUGAUGCCCAUGCUGAGCGCUGCACGGGGCCACUCCAGCGAGGAGCAGCGAGCCCUCAGACAGGCCUUUGACAUCCUGGCAGAGGAGGUCCAGCAGUGUGAGACGCAGCUCGAUCACAGUCUUCCUGCUCCUCUGGACGCAGUGGGUAGGUGGCUGCUGCAGGUGGAGAGAGUGCUCACAGAGGAGGAUGGGCACACACGGGACCACGCCCACGCUGCCCAGAAAGCCAGAGACAAGCGAGAACUGCUCAAGGCUUCAAUGAAGGAGAUGGGUGUGCACCUACAGACACUGCAGACUUUCCCCAACACAGAUGAGUAUGGAGACACCCUGGUGCCCGCGGGCAAAUUGGACCAGAUCAAAAGACGGUUUACAAGCGCCAGGGUCACAGCCAAGUACCAUGGGAUCAAACUGGAGUUCCAGGAGUGCCGGCACUCCGUCCUGGACCAGCUGACCCAGAUGGACUGUAAGAUACGUUCCUGGAGAGAGCACUACAGUUCCCAGGAGGCUGUGCGCCAGCGGCUCCAGGACUGGCAUGAGACUGUCGAAAAGCAAGGCCUGGUCUCACAGCUGGAGGCAGCGCUUCUCAGGAUGAAGGCGGUGGCCAGCAACUACACCAGCAAGUCUGCACUAGUGGAGGAUUCCCAGCGUGUUGCCAGGCUGGUGAGGGAAGCGGAGAGCGAGAGCACGCUUCGGACUGACGCUGUGGCGGCAGUGAGGGGUGCCUUGGAACGCGCCCUGUCCGCCUGGGACAACUACCAUCAGGACCUGCGGGCCCUGCAGGCCUGGCUAGGACAGGAGGCAACCCGCACCCCAGGGGGGACAGAGGUGAUGUCAGAGAGCCUGUCACAGUGGAGCACCCGCCAGGCCCACCUGAAUGAGGUGGGGAACCUCCUGAUCGAAGGAACGGAUGCAGAGACCAGCCGUUCGCUGGCGGCUGAACUGCAGGCACUCAACAAGCAGUGGGCGACCUUCAUCACAAGAACCAGAUUUGCUGUGUCCCCCGCGCCCGGUGGAGCCCCAAAGAAACCCCACAUGGUCCAGGCCCUGACCCAGGAAGCUACACUGCUGCUGAGAGAGCCACUGGAGGUGUCAUCCACCUCCCUGUGCGCGUACAGGAAGAGGCUGCAGCUCAUGGUGACAAAGCUGAAGACGACAGACUUGGACUCCACGUCGGCUGAUUUUUCAGGCCAGAUUCUGCAAAAACUCAGACUCAGCGUGCAUGAGGUGAAGCAGGCGCUGGAUGGGGCAGAGCGGGCCAGUGAGCAGCUGCAGCGGAAUGCGUCGGUCCUGGAGGGCCGAGUGGCGGAGUUGGAGCACUGGGACACGGAGGCCCGGGAGGUCUAUUGGCUCCUAAAGGAAGGGGAGAGGCGGGGCCAAUGGGGUCAUGACCCCAGGGCUAAAGUGCUGAUCUCUCGAGGCCUGCAGCUGGAGGGGCAGGUGGUGACAGAGCAUCAGGACUUUCAGGCUGGGUUGGUGACGGUUCGGAGGAGCUGGCCCCUGCUGUGCCUCAGCGGGUCCGAGAUGCAGGACAGAAUCAGACACGCACUCACUCAGUCCAAGGAGGCAGUGGGAAUGCUUAGCUCUCUAGGUGUUCGACGACACCAAAGCCCUGGUGAAGCCCAGCCACCUGCUAAGAUCUUUAUCCAGAUGGGGGAGAAACCACACUCAACUGACCCCCAGCCCCAGGAACUGAAUGACCCCUCGAUCCCAGAUCUGGCCCUGCUUAGACCCUUCACGUAUGCCCAGGCAGUGGUACAGCCUCAAGCUAAGGCCAGCCUCCAGCCGCAAGCACAGACUCAGACAUCACCCCUCACUCCAAUCCACAGCCAGGCCAAAAUCCAGCCUCAAGCCUAUGGCAAGGUCCCGGCCCACACCUCAGCUCAGCCAGAACCUCAUACCUACACCAGCCACAACACUCAACAUCCUUACCAACCCUAUAUCUGCACCCAGACCCAGGAUCAACAUACACCCCAGCCACAUGUCCAGCCACAGCCCCAGGCUACUUCAAGAUCCAAAGAUUCACCCCAGUCACAGGCAAAAGUCCAGCCCGACAUCCAGGCCUCUGCAAGGCCAAAAAAUCUACCCCAGUCACAGGCUAAAGUUCAACCCCAGGUCCAGGCCUCUGCAAGGCCAAAAGAUCUACCCCAGUCACAGGCUAAAGUCCAGCCUGACGUCCAGGCCUCUGCAGGGCCAAAAAAUCUACCCCAGUCACAGGCUAAAGUCCAGCCCGAUGUCCAGGCCUCUGCAAGGCCAAAAAAUCUACCCCAGUCACAGGCUAAAGUCCAGCCCCAGGUCCAGACCUCUGCAAGGCCAAAAGAUAUACCCCAGUCACAGGCUAAAGUCCAACCCCAGGUCCAGACCUCUGCAAGGCCAAAAGAUAUACCCCAGUCACAGGCUAAAGUCCAGCCCCAGGUCCAGGCCUCUGCAGGGCCAAAAGAUCUACCCCAGUCACAGGCUCAAGUCCAGCCCCAAGCAUGUCUCCAUGAAAAGGCAUCUGCCAAACCCCAGGAUUCUGCAAGGCCCCAACUUCUAUCCCAGUCACAGGCUCAGGUCCAGGCCCCAGUUCUGGUCCCUGCUAGGAUUCAGAUCCUGCCCCAUGCCCAACCCCUCUCCCCCACGCACACGUACAUGCAGGCUAAAACACCCCCCCUCGUCAGACAGACUCCCCAGACAAGUACUGAGACUGACAGCAAAGCAGAGGUCCAGGCCAAAGACAGGUUUGAGAGGGCCAGGAAAUGCCUCCAAGACUGCAUCCUGGGUGCCAUUGCAGUCUACAGCAGCAGACAGACCUCUGAAGAAGGAGCAGCAAGAAAAGAGGCGAUCUUGCAGACACUCAACCCUGCAAUCCUGGAGGAGUUCUUGAGGUCGUCGGAGGGCUUGGGGUCUUUCUGCUCUGUGGCCCAGCUCAGGGAGGUGGAGGCCCUCACAUGCUCAGUGAGGACACAGUGGGAGGUGUGUCUCUCCAUGGUGGACAGCAUGGCCCAGGCUUGCCAGCACAUGGGGGCACUAAGGGACCUGUGUAACUUGCUGAACUCAGAGGGGACACACCGCCUGUCAAUGGUGCAGCUAAAAGAAUGCGAGAGGAGGAUGCAGACUGUGCAAAGGAGGUUUGGAGAAGUCAGGGACACCCUGCCGAGUCAGGCCAGGCACAAGAGGAAAGGCACCACAGAGGAGCUCUGUCAGCAGGACUCUCCUGAAGGCCCAGUGGUAUCCAAGGUGAUCGUCAGGGCAGACAGUGUGAAGGUGAAACAGACAGCAGAGCACACAGUCAUUCAGGCCUUUCCAACGGAAGAGGAGUCAGCUGAACAGGAGGAGCUGGAGAGAUACCAGGCUUCCAGCAGUGCUUUUGAGACCCAGCUGGAGCAGAACCAAAAGAGUCUGCAGUCUGAAUUUCCCCCUGGUUCUGUCACCCUCUCUGCCGUGCGAGCUCACCUUCAAGAGUUGCAGAGGCUGAAAGAGGGGACAGAGCAGCUGUGGUUUGAGUUUGAGCUGCAGUACUCCCAGUGUUCCCAACUGGAGGGUGUGGGGCACAGCAUGGAGGAGCACAGGAACAAACUCCUGCAGCAGUGGAGAGGGCAGCAGAUCUGGCUGCAGAGGAGGAUGAAGUCUCUGCACACGACCCUGGAGCUGGUUGGUUCUGUGGAUGAUGACAUGGUGCGCAUUUCUGAAUGCCUGGACCUCCUCUUUGAGAAACCGAAGGAGAUCUGCGCUCUCACCCUGUCUGAGGCCUCAGUGUUGCAGGACAAUAUCAAGGAUAUGGAGGAGGGGAUCCAGCGUGGGAUGGACUGUCUCUCCAGUGUGGACCGGGAAGACAGGGAGGUACCAGGUGAGCUGGAUCCGGAUGAGCGUCUGGCCCUGGGCCGGGCAACCCUGGGCUGCCGGCGGGCGCUGGAUGAGCUGAGGCAGCGGGUGUUCCGGGCUGGGGCGGCUGUCCGGGCCCUGGACCGCUUCCUGGCGACCUUGCGGGGCGUGGAGCGGGAUGUCGCAGGCGUGUGGGCGCCCACCCCCCAGGGGGCUGUGGGGGCGGCACGGGACUGCCGCGCCAGGCUGGCGGGGGUCCGUCUGUGCGCACGGGAGGCUGGGGAUGAGGCAGUCCGUCUGGACCGGCUCCUGGGGGAGGCCCGGCUCUCACUGGUCAAGGACGCAGUGCCCACCUCCUGCCAGGACCUGGUGCUGGAGCUGGUGCAGAGGCUGGAGGAGGCCGACGCCCACUUCGCCCAGCGGAUGCAGGAGGGGGCAGGGCAGGAGAUGCCUUUGCUGGGAGAGAGGAGGAAGGUGCUGCGAACAGCACUGCAGGAGGUCCGGGGGGCAGCGGAGAGCCAGGCCCUGAAGGAGCCUACACUGCCAGCCCUGCAGCACAGAAUGCGGGCCCUGGCUGAUAUGCAGGCCCGACUGACUGCACAGCGCACUGAGCUGGAGAGCCUGCAGCAGGCCCCUGAGACUGGGCGGGGCAGUGAGGACCCCACAGGGGAGCUGGAGACGCUGUGGGAGGAGGCUCACAGAACUGUGACCGAGCGACAGGAGCAGUGCCGUACUCUGACAGACCUACUGAAGAGGUUCCAGACCUGCCGCGGGCACCUAGGGGCCACCCUGCAGCGGGCAGAGUUUACGCUCAGUGAGCACACCUCCUACAUGGCCAAGGACAACCUGCAGAGACUCAUCACCAAGGUCCGCGGGAUAAAGGAGGACCUGGCUGGCCUGUCUGAGGGGGUGGAUGAGAUUCGGGGAGUGUGCAGACAGCUGCAGUCCCAGCUGAGGAAGGUGCCCGGCUGCCCAGACGCCCCCUUUGAGAGUGAGGCCGACGACUUGGUGGACCGCUGGCUGGAUGUGACAGAGAAGACAGACUCCCACAUGGACAGCUUGCAGGUGGGGCUGGCACUGUGGGAGAAGCUGCUACAGCUGGGAGGUGAGGUGGAGGGCUGGACCGGCAACAAGCUGUCCAUUUUCGUGGAGGCGCACCCCUUCCAGAGUGAUCAGGAGGUCAAGGACCUGCAGGAUGAGAUCUGGGAGCAAGAGAAGAACCUAGAGCACUUCCACAGGAGGUCCUCUGAGAUCCAGGUGCUGCUACAAAGCAAAGAACCUCCCUUGGACCUGCAGGUUAUGGAGUCCCAGCUGAGGAAGAGGAUGGAGCAGGUAAAGGAGCUCUUCUCUGAGAGCAGAGAUCUCUUCCAGCAUCUGAAGGCAGUGAGGGGCCAUAUCACCACAAGGAUGGCAGAGUGCCAGUCAUCCCUGUGGGACAUCCAAUCCUCACUGAGUGCACUCAGUGCAUCCCAGACUUCUCCGCUCAUCCCCCAAAUUGAGGCACUGUCUGCGCAGCUGCAAUCGCAGGUGGAACAGACAGAUGCGCUCAUGGAGGAGGUCAGGCUGCUAGCGGGCGUGGCCAGUCCACAGAUCCUGGAGGCCCUGGCUGCGGAGGGCCUGCUCCUGAAGGAGGAUGUCCGCACCACCCAGGAGCUGAUUGACCACAAGAGGGCGCAGUUGGAGAGAGGAGCUCUUGAUGUGACUGAAUGCAGUCAGGGCCAUACCAAGGACGGCCAGAGGGGGCUGAAAGCUGCACUGGAGGAUGGCAAGCUCCCGCAUGUCCUGCAGCCCCUGGGCAAUUUGGGAGGAGAGCAGGUGGUGCAGGUGGGGAGGGGUUGCCGUGAUGACAGAGGGGAUGGUGGCUCUCCCAUGUCCACCCUUACAGGAACUUCUCAGGUGCCCCUUGCUGGUGAGAAGGUGGACAGCACAGCUAUGAAAGCAGCAGCCCCCCCAUAUGAGAAACAAGUUGGAUUGCCAACGCAAGCAGGAGCCUCAUCUGGGAUUUCAGACCAGUUCCACCAUGCGGCAAGGUUAAAAUCAGAUGAUCAGCAGGUUAACAAAAAGGAGCUUGCAAAAACUCCAAAGGCUCAGAAGAAAGCAGACCAUAGGAAAUUGCAUGCUAAGAGAGUAGAGCCUGGCGCUCCACUCUAUGACCCUCAGUGCUCUGACAUCCAACGCAGAGAAACUGCGGUCACAGAGAAUGCAGGAGCUGGGUCAGAGUACAUUACGAUUAUAGAAACAGAUGCCAAAAAGACAGAUUCAGUCUCCCAGAUUCCCAAAACCAAACCUCAUCGAGCUGAAGGCACUAGGACCACCCAAACUAAGACUCUGACUAUAGACAGAACUACCACUGCAGUUCAGGACACUGUGAUACCAGGGAAUGACAGUAGGACAAGUGUUGGACGUGAUGCUGAGAUUGUGAAAACCACUGACCAACAGCCUGGAACAGGGCCUUGCAAGAGGAUUGAGACCACCGGGAAAGCGCUCUCCAUCAUUCCAGACACUGACCUGACCAGACGUCACCAUGAUAGACAAACUGACACUGAGCUCAGUGAGCCACCUGAUGUUAGACAGACUGACGCACACCACACUAAAAGCAAACAUUGUCCCAAGAAAGUGGUCUCCAUCAUUCUGGACACCGACCAACUGACUGGGGUUAAAUCCAGUGACCGCCCACACCAUGAAAACCCUACAGCUCCACACAUUAAGACUGAAGUCCCAGACAAAGCUGACCAUGAAACAAACGAUUCUAAUAUGCCAGGUACUGAACCAUGCUGCACUGAGACUCUAAGCAAGGAAGAACAUGACAGGAGACUCAUGGGAACUGACAUGCCACACACUGGCAGAGGGCUGUGGGGAAAGAGUGAGAUUCAUAUGAAAGGGCAAUCCAUCAUUCCAGACACUGAUAUACACUCAACUGGCACAGAGGUUUGGGGCACUGAUACUGCAAAGGCAGAGCAUUUUGAGAGCAGUGAGGUCCAGCACAGGGGCCAAGGAUCUCAUGACCCCACUGAACCCUCAGUCAGACAUACACGGGACAGCGGUGGUCAGAGCAUUGAUGUCACAGAGUGGAAGAUUUCCUCUCUAGCAGACCACUGUUUGAGCACUGAGACCGCACAGCAUGAGAUCGAGACUCAAACAGACCUCCAUUUGGUCACUGAAACCACGCAGCUUGAAACUGAGAAUCAAGCAGACCUCUGUUUGGGCACUGAAACCAUGGAACAUGACAUUGAGACUCAAGACCUCCAUCUGAGCACUGAGACCACACAGCGUGAGAAAGAUAGUCAAGCAGACCUCCGUUUGAGCACUGAGGCUGCACAGUGUGAGACUGAGACUCAAGCAGAUCUCCGUUUAAGCACUGAGGCCACGCAACGUAAAACUGAGAUUCAAGUGGAGCACCACAACAGCGUUGAGACUCCACAACCAGCGAAGAAAGUGGUGGCUCUCGUCCUGGACACCAACAGCCUGUACAUCCAGACCCCUGAGACAUGUCACCUGACCCACAGUGACAUCAUGCGCAUUGUCUCUACUGGGAUACCGGGUGUGGCUGCCACGCCCAAGGGGCCACACGCUGUGCAUGUUCCACCCAGUGGCACCGUGGCACUGGCCGAGGCAGAACGCAUCCACAGCACCUGUGGGCAGGUUGCGGGUACACAGUCCUUUGGCGCAGCCCGACUCAGGGAGACCCGGGAGGAGACUCCCCACACUGAUCCGGUUUUGGGACCGAGUAAAGAUCCGAUACCGGGCGUCGAUCCAGCUGGAAUCUGCCCAGAGCAGGAAGAGCAUGUCCAAACCUCUCUGAGACAACCUGGUGAGAACCUGUGCAUCAGAGCCAUUGGCCCACGCAAGCAGGUGAAAGCAGAGGAUUAUGGGAGCACCAGUCACCUUGACAGCCCUAGCCUUGCGAAGCGACCGGGGGGACGCCGAAUGGAGAACCUGUCCUCCAUGGAAUCUGCGGAAGAGGUGCAGGUUGCCCCAAGGGGACAGAACCAGCCCCAGGAUCCAGCCUGCAGACACACCACACUGGAAAACCGCACUGCAGUCCAGUAUUUGGAGGCAGAACCUAACGGGUAUAUCACUAGGGAUGUGCAACCGCGAGGUGAUAAGGAGUUCUUGGACACCCCCAUCAGAGACCUGGAGAACAAACUGACCCGAAUGGUCCUCAGGAUUGUGGGCUGUCGCAACCAGCCCACCCGGCUCGAGCCUGGAGCCAUGGCCCAGCAGGUGGAGGAGGCAGAGGACUGCAAGCGAUGCAUUCAGGAGCAGCUGUCCCAGCUGGAUGCAGCUGAAGGUGGGGACUCGGAGGCCUUGAAACGCAUGGAGAGGCGGUGGAGCGCUGCCCUGGUGGAGGCCUCCAGCACUGUAGCUGCAAAAAAGACCCAGAUAGAGCUUGUCACUCAGCUCGACCGGCAGAAACAGGCUGCCAGCACCUCGCUGGAUAGGCUGGGGACAGAGCUGCAGGCACUGACCUUAGGUCCCACAGAAAGCAGCACAGUCCAGGCAGAGAAGCUGCUGACCCUCCUGCAGGGCAUGGAGCGGGAGGGGGCUGUGAUGGAAGAGCUGCUCCAGGUGUGCGCCCAGGUGUCGCCCUGCCUGGGCGAGGCAGACAGGGCAGUGGCACUGGCCUGCAUUUCGGACCUGAGGGACAGGUGGCAGGUACUGCAGGGGAGCGCUGAGCGGGCUCUGCGCUGUGCCUCUGCCCACGCCAAGGAGACCGCUGCCAUUUCACUGGAGGGGCGGGAGAUUCGGACCCGCCUGGAGAGCCUGCACCGCUCCCUGGGCCCCCUGGAGCUAAGCCUGUCCCCAGAUAGUGCCGUUCAGCGGGCAGUGAUAUCCUCUGAGCUAGCGGCUACCACCCGGCAGUACCUCCGCCUACAGCGGCUCGCGGAGGCUCUUACCCAGAGUCUUCUGGGGGAGAGGGAGAAGGAGUAUGUGAGGCAAGCCCUGCAGGGGGUGAAGGAGGAGCUGGAGCUCGUGGAAGUGAAGCUCUCUGCGGGGCCACGUGGAUUUGAGAGCCUGAUGCUGGGCAGGAUUGUGCAGGCGAUCCAAGACGACCUCACCUGGGCCAAGUGGGUGGAGGGCGACCUCACUGGGAGGAAGAGGGUGGCCCUCCUGCCACAGGAGGCACGGGAGCAGAUUGCAGGGCUGAGGAGGCUGCAGAAGGAGGCCUCCGGAAAGCGGGCGGCUGUGGAGCCCCUGCUAAGGGAUCUUGAGGUGCUGGCCUCUGAGCCAGAGCGGGAGGGCAUUUCUGCCGCGAUCUCUGCAGCGACCGCCCUGCAGGACCUGACUGAGUGGGUCACCAUGGCGACUGCAAAGGCUCUGCAGGAGGCGGAGACGGGCUUGCGGGGGAGAGAGGAGGUGUGGGCGCAGAUCGAGGAGGCAGAGGCCUGGGUGGCGGCAUACAUUGAGCGUGAGGCCAGCGGUGAUGGGGACCUUGAUGGUAGCAUGCCGCACCCUGAGCACAGCCUCCAACACCACCUCCAUGCCCUGGAGGAUGCAGAGAAGAGGGCAGCAGCUACCCACGACCUUCUAGUAAGGGCCAGGGCUGUUGCCCUGGAGCUCAGCACCGCUGACAGCCAUCGUCUCGGCUACACACUGGCAAGUCUCCAGGAGGAAGUUGAGGGAAUCGUCAGCCGUGAGAGAGCAAACUGCGAGGGGCUGCAGGAGCUGGCCCAGGAGCGUGCCUCUGCUGCAGAAACGCUGGUUGCACUUCAAGAGAGCUUGAGGCAGAUAUCCAUGGAUCUGGAGGGGCUCGGUUCCCCUCUGAGCCCAGCCUCGCUCUCUGGAGCGGAGCCCCUGAGGGAGAGGAUCCUGGAGCUCAGGGCCCAGCUGGAGGGGCUCCGUCACUGUGAGGAGGACAGGAGGAAGGCCCUGCUGAAAGCUGCCUGUGAGCUGCAGCAGAGAGCCAACACCCUGGAGCGGCGGGCCCAGGAGCACAGGCGGUACGAGCGCCUGGCGCAGCGCACAGAGGACCUGAGCGUAGCCGCAGGGGGGAGGAAGGCACCCCUUACCCAGCUCUCCCUGCUCAGGGUGCUGUGCCGGGAUGCGGCUGAGCAGCUCCGAAGAAUUGCACCCGACCUUGAUCCAUCCCGUCUGGCAGCCGAGCAGUGCCGGGUGCGGCAGCUCGAGGAAAGCAUCGCCGGCCUGGAGCACGCUGCCUGCCGCGGCGCUGAGGUCCAGGAACAGGCCAUCCCAGCAAGCCUCACCUACAACACCGAGCACAAUGCCGUGGUGGGACUCCUCCAGUGGGCUGGGGCGGAGCUGGAACGCGUGGGGCAGGUGGUCCCUGAAGAACGGACCCUUGAGGAGGAGCUCUGGCGGUGCGCUUCUCUCAGGAGCAGUGUGGAGACCAGACUCGGGGUUCUGGAGACCCUGAGACACAAGGAGGCACCAGGAGAGAGAGGGUUGGAUCGGAAACACACAGCUCUGCAGGAACAGGGGAGGGCCUUUCUGAGGCAGUGCAACAUGCACAUGGAGAGCCUGUCCCAGGCAAAGGCAGCAGUGAGGGAUUACCACACCGCCACCCGAGACACCAUCUGGUUCCUGCAAGAUGCCCAGUCUGUGCUCCACCCAUUUCCCAACCAGGUUGGGGACUGCGCUGCAAACGAGCUGCACCAGGCCCUGGCUGCCGUGGAGGAGGGGUUCCAGGCCCACGUGACUCGGCUCCAGAUGCUGGUCCCCCAGCAGGACUGCCUGUCUGCCUCCGAGGUCAAGCAGCUCCACCGCAGGACUCUGGGGAAGCUGCUGGUGGAGCAGGCCGCCCUCCAGGCCCAGGGCCAGGUCCAGUUGGAGGCCCUGCAUAGGUGUGCCGAGAUGAGGAGAAUUCUCAGGAAGUGCCUGGAGGGGAUUGGCCAGUGCCUGAAGAGCACAGAAACCAGCCUAUCAGAAUGCAUCGCUCACAAAACCACCUCCGAUGAAGAGUGUCUCAAUCAGCAGGAAAAGCUCAGGGUGAUCCUCAAGGAACUGGACGCCCUGCAGGGGGCGCUGUCAGGGCAACUGGCGGAGCAGCGGAAGUGGUGCCUGGUGCAAGGGUGCGGCAGGGAUGUGGAGGGGACACUCGCUGCCCUAUGGAGGCGGUGGGCACAGCUGCGGGGCCUGGCUCGCCACCUCCGAGCACGCUCAGAGCGGAGGGGGGCAGAGUGGAGGGACGUCGCGGGGGCUGUGAAGAGAGCCAAAACCACACUAGAAAGGCUAGAGGCCGAGCUCCCAGCUAACUGUAAGGAGAUGACCCUGGAGGAGCUGCAGAUGUUUCUAGGAAGGGUGAAGCAGAACCAGGAUUGUGUGGAGUUUGAGAGCCAUGCUCUCACAGCUUUGGAUCUCCGACUCUUAAGGCUCCUGGGAGUCCCCCCCCACCAAGGACAGGCAACACCCACUCAGCUCUGUGAGGAGCUGCAGGCCAUGCAAGGGCACUACAGGAACCUGCGUGAGAAGUGCAUUCUGGGUCAGGAGGCGGUGCGUUCAGAGGUUCGGGAGCGGGAACAGGUACAGGAGGACAUCUGUGCAAUUAGGAAGAAGCUGGCAGGGACCACAUCUCUGCUGUGUGGGCUGGAACAGCUCCCCAGCUCCAGGACACUACAGGAGGUUCGAACAGAACUGCACUCCCAGAAUGCCAUGCUACAGGGCAUCAUGGAUGGUGUGAGGAGGAAGUACACAGAGAAGCGCAUCCAAGUUCCCACAGAGAUUGAGUACCCACUCCAGGAGGUGGCUUGCUCACUGAAAGAACUGGAGAGGAAGGUAGAGGAGGCAGGGCAGAAGAGCAGCCCUCUCCACCGGCUGAGCCGCAGUAUGACAGAGGUAGUGGAGGGUCUGCAGGAGGUGCAGGCCCUGCUGCAGCAGAAGAGCUCCUCUGUUACCGAAGCACAGACCAUACAGAAGCGUGUUUGGGACAGGCUGGAGGAGUGGCACUCCUGCAUGGCAGUGCUGGAGGGGGAGGUGCAGGACAUGUGGGCAGAGCAUCCGGAGCAGGCCCACGUCCUAAUGGACAGGCUGAUGGAGCCACUACAGCUGUACCAACAGGUGGCCAAACAGGCAGAGCAGAGGACAGCCUUCCUCAGUAGGGUCCCUGCCCUCCUGCAGGAGUAUGAGGAGAUGAUUGACAGCUCCAGCAGGUGGCUGAAUGAAGCCCAGUCCUGGCUGGACACGCCCUGCUCCUACAGCACUGCCAAAUGUCUCAGCAGUCACGCACAAGGCCUGCAGACGGUUCUGGAUGACUCGGAGCAGAUGAGGAGGGGCCUGCAGGCCUUCAUCCCGGUCCUUCAGGAGAUCACCGCCGCGUGUGACACCGCUGCCUUGGAGGAGCAGCUGGUCCGGGCUGACCAGCGCAUUGCCGGCAUGCAGCAAGGCAUUGUGGGACCGCUGGCCCAGCUCCAGUACACUGCAGCAGAAGUGGUAGCCAUGGAAACAGAGGUUAAAGUGAUGGAGAAAAACAUGACCAAGAUCAGGACCAUUUUAUCGUCCAUUGACACGGCAUCCAUCACCCCCGAGGAGCACCUCCGCAACCGGCAGGUGAUCUUGGACAACGUGCAGUCGAUGAGGAGGACCAUUGCUGAGAUCCAAAGGUGCAAAUCAGGCCUGGAGCUCCCUAAGGGGGGCAGUGGGACCCUGUCUGUCUUCCAGAGGGCUCAGCAGCUCCUGCAGCCCAUCCAGGACCUGGAGCAUCUCACAAAGGAGCAGUGCAUCUCGCUAAAGGCUGCCAUUGAACUUUCGAUGGAGCAGAGACGGACUUCCAGCUCCGCCCUCAUGGAAGCCAUGAUGCCCAGGGUCCCUCUGUCCACUCUUGAUGAGCUUAAGCAGGGGCCAUGGGAGAUGGCAUUAUCCCAUGAGAAGGGGGAGGAGAAAGAGGGGGAGGAAGAAGAGGACAGACGAAGCUCCCACUCUUCAUCCUCUGGGACGCUCACUGGCAGCAUUGCAGAGGACCCUGAUGAGACCUGCAUUGGUGAGGGGUAUGCAGCUGGAGCCGGAACUGGAGCCCCAACAUUCAGCCUGAGCACAGAUGAAGUGUUUGAACCCUCCCCUCUCCCCUCUGCCAUGGAACUCUUGAAAGAGAGCAGACUUUUAAUGCCGAAGGAUAGAACUCAAAUAGAGGGUGUGAUGGCUGGGAGUCCAGGCACACAGGACACAUGCACUUUUGUUAGCCACACACACCUGACGGACACGGUCAACAUACCCUCCCCCAAAAUGUAUGCGGGGGUUGUUGAGAAGACCCCAGCCUCUGGGACCAUUAGCACGCAGUCUCAGGGCACACACCCCACCCUCGUAUCAUCUGAGAUUACAUGCAGUAAAUACACACCUCCUGAGGCAACACAUAGAGCAGUUCAGAAGAAGAAGACUGCAGCGUCAGUACCACUUCAACCUGUGUUAUUAUCUCAGAAGACUGUGUCAGCAUGUCAGGAGACUGUUCCAGAACCUCUAAAGCCUGUGUCUGCAGCACCUCUGCAGACUGUGUCAGCACCUCAGGUGACUGAAUCACAACCUCUAAAGCCUGUACCAGCACGUCAAGAGACCGUUCCAAAAUCUCUAAUUCCUGUGGCAGCACCUCAUGUGACUGUGUCAGAACCUCGAAAGGCUGUGUCGGCAGCACCUCUGCAGACUGUGUCAGCACCUUCUGCCCCCGCACUGGCUCCAGGUGAGACACGCCCCACCCAGGAGGGACUCCAUUCCUGCCAGGAGCAGGCAGCCCAUGUUGCAGAUUGGCUGGAGAAAGCCCGGAAACACCUUGAAGACGGGGCGUUGACAAUGGCCUCGCGGGACGACAUCGAGCAGCAGCUUCAAACCUGUCAGAACAUGCUCCUGCAGACGGAACGGAAGGUGGCCAGUCUGUCAGCUGGGGGCCAGCAGGGGACCGAGUCACUCUCCUCCAAAUUGCACCUCCUCAAGACCAACCUGCUCACCUUCCAGCUGCUGCUGCAGGGGAGAUGGAUGGAGGAGGAGAAGCGCUUACACCCUGGAGAGCGCCCACCAGCAGCAGGGCUGACCUUCAGUACCACUGUGCCCGCAUUGACAAGUGAUCUAAUACAGCAAAGCCACCUGCAACAGAGGGAGUAUGAGUGUGACCUGAAGGAGCAGAGGGAUCUGGCCCAGGAUGUUGCCCGUCUUGUCAGCAGGAGGCAUCUGUGCCGCUCGCCCCAUGAAACCCAGACCCAACCAGGAAGCGAAACUGAGGCUCACACUGCCCCCACACAACCUGCAGGAGGCACUGAAGCUCAUACCCAGAUGGCAGCCAAACUCAACAGCCUAGAGGAGGCUGUGCACCGUACUCUGCCUGAGGCAGCUGCGCAGCUGCUGGUGGAGCUCUGGAUGCCAGGGUGCCAGGGGUCUGUGCAGGUGGAGGGAGGCAUCAGCCAACAACAGGCAGUCAUUGAGCUGGAGGAUGUGUUCGGCAGCGCCUGGAGCUGGGUGCGGGAGUUCCAAGUGGAGCCAGGGGAGAACCUGGACCUGCAGCAGGGGUACAAGAGGUUGCUGCAGGGGCUGACAGGGCUGGUGGAGGAGGGCAGAGAGCGCCUGGUCCGCAGUCAGGAUCUGCAUCUGCGCAGCCGAGCUGACCUGCAAACCCUCCUGAGCAGACACAAGAAGUACUUCCAGGACCUGGGAGCCCACCUGGCAGUGGUGCAUCACCUGUCCGUGCGCAUCCCAGAGGCAGAGCUAUGGAGGCAGGAAUCCUCAAGGGCGGAGCUGGAGCGGGAAGUGGGCGCUCUGCAGCAGCAGGCUGUGGAGAAGGGGGCGUGGCUCCAGACAGCACUGGAGACCUGGACACGGUGGGAGGACAGCUGUGAGCGGCUUGGGACACUGCUGCAGGAGGCAGAGGCCCGUCUUCCUGGCGUGGGGCCGGCCGAGGAGUCUGGGGAUCACCUGCAAGAGAGAAUAGAGGUCUACCAGCGAACGGAGGUGCUCCUGGAGGAGAACGAGGGGCGACUGCUCCAGGCCCUGGACCUGGGGAGGAGGCUCUGUGCUGGGGGACGCUGUGGAGGGGUGGGUGUUGCCCUGAGGGGGCUGGAAGCCCGUUGGCUGGCCGUGAAGAAGAGGGUGGAGCAGGAGCAGCUACACAUUGAGGAGAUUGGGAACCGCUGGAACAGAUUCCAGCAUGACUCAGAGGCGCUGAGCAAGUGGGUGGCCAACACCUGGGAUCGCCUGCAGGCGUGGCGAGCCCUCUCCAUCACCCCGGCCCAGGAGCCGGCUCACCUGCGCACCCACCUAGUACAGCUCCUGGAGUUGGCAAAGGAGGCGGAGUCCAGGUUGGCGCUGAAGGCGUCUGUGAUCAGCAGCGGUGAAGAGUUCUUGAGGCAGAGGGGCAGGGAAGCACUGGACCCGCGGGUGCAGCCAGAGCAGUUGGAGCGCAGCUGGGCUGAGAUUCUGGACACUUUGCCCGACGUCCAGCGGCGCCUGCACCAGCUGCUGAUGGAAAAGCUCUCCCUGGAGGAGGUCAUGGCAGAUCUGGACUCCUGGCUUGGUGGGAUGGAGUCCAGGCUGGCAGAGGAGCGGGAAAGGGUCCAUCAGGCCUCCUGCACUGCUGAUCUCAGCCAGCUUCUCCAGCACCACCAGGAGUUUAAGCAGGAAGUGGCCUUGCAUCAGCUCUCCCUAGACUUCCUCAACCAAUCAGUGGGUGGGACCACUGGCCCAGCAGACAUCUGGGAGAAACGCGAUGAGCGAACUCGUUUUGCAGAGCAGUUGGGUGCCCUGAACCUACGCUGGGUCUCCCUGCAGGGGGCGCUGGUCAGCCAUGGUCAGCGCGUAGAGCAGCUGCAGCUGAUCUGCACAGAUCGAGAGAACAAGCUGCAGCUCCUGCGCAGCUGGGUCAUCACGGAGACAGCAACCGUGGACGAGUUCCAGAGGCCCAGCUCUUUCUCCCGGGCACAUGCAGACCUGACAGCAUCGCAGGACACAGAGGAGACGCUUAAGGUGAAGUCUGCGGAGCUGCAGGAGCUGAGGAAAAGCUGCCAAUCAGGCGAGCAGGAAAGUGACUGCGCAUUUGUUGCACAGUUGGACGCCACCUGGGCAGACUUCACUGCCCUGACCCAGCAGAUCACCGCAGUGCGCCCAGGUCAGCUGCGGGUGGUGGAGCUGUGGGAACGGUUCAAGGAGGAGCUGGGAAGGGCGGCACUGGAGACAGCAAAGUUUCGCCACACCCUGGAGUUUACCCGGACACCCCAGCUGUCCCUCAGCGCACUCCAGGGCCACACCCACAACCUUCAGGUUCUCCAGGACAGGGUGAGGGAGGGUGAGGAGGUGUGGGAGACCAUCUCUCGGACCUUGUCCAGCCUGGGGGGCGUGGUCAGCCCCAUUGCUGCCCUCCUCUUAUCUGAUUGGCUGGAGGAGGAGAAAGCACGGUGGGCGGAACUUAUUCAACAGGUGACAGAGGAUCUCCAGAAAGCGCAGGCGCUGCUCCAGCUCUGGCAGCGCUACUGCAGCCUCACUGAGGGCUGCUUCCAGGGACUGCAGCACCACCAGGAGCAGUGGGGGGCGCUGCUGAGUGUACCGCUCCCACAGGAUGGCAGCGUCGAGCCACUCCACACCCGGGUGGAAGCCAUUAAUGUCUUGCAGGCUGGCAUGGAAGGGUUACAGGUGAGAAUGGGGGCGGUGCUGGACACCUCUAAGGACCUCAUUAGACAGAUGGAACCCCAGGCUGCUGUCUUCAUCAAGUCAGAGACCCAGCUGCUGUCUCAGGGCCUUGCUCAGCUGGGCGCGUCUCUGACGGGGAGACAGAGCCAGCUGCAGAAGGACCUAGACCUUCUGAAAGACUUCCACAGCCACUUGGAAUCUGUGGAGCAGCAUCUGAGGGACUUUGACAGCAAGCUACACGGCACCCCUGGCCCUGACCAAUCACAGAUCACCAAGUCAGACCUGCUGGAGCUAACCACCCUGACUUCUGACCUGGAUGCCCUGAAGGAGACUCAGCACCUUAUUCCCCGCGGCUCUGUGACGGCCUGCAGGCUGGAGGAGCUCGGCAGGAGGUGCACUCUGGCCUCCUCUCGUGCGUCAGAGAGGUGCAGUGAGCUGCAGGCAGAGGAGUUGCAGCAGCAAAGCUUGGAGCAGAAGUGUGAGAGCUGGGUUGCCUUCCUGCAAAGCUUGGAAGCCAGCCUGGCUGAGGAGAGCAUCACUGGGUGCCCCUCUGACCUCCAGGAACAGCUGGCUUCCCACCAGAGGCUGCAAGUAGAGGUGUCCUUGGGUUGCCACGCCCUCCAUUCCCUCAUGUGCGAGGCUCUGGAUGUCCUGGAGAGGGGUGAGGUUGAGGACAGGUAUGACUUUGUCCAAAAGCUGGCCCGGCUGAUAGAGUGCUGGUGGGGGACGAUGCAGGAGGUUCAGCGGCGCUGCGCUCUGGUGCAGAGGCUGAUGGGACAGUGGCAGCUCUAUGCCUAUGGCCUGAGGAUGCUGAGGGGGCUGCUGAGUGGCGCGGACCCCCUGCUGGUCCCCACAGGCCCUGCCCACUGCAGCUUGGCCCAGCUCCGCCAGCACCGGGAGGACCUCAAGUGCAUCGAAAUACAGCUGCAGCGGCACCUUAGCAGCUAUCUGCGCACACUGGAGGCGGGCAGGCAGCUCCGCUCUGCCGUGGGGGCAGAGAUGCAGACACAGCUUGCAGACGAGCUGGGGGCCCUUAAAGAGGUCUGGGAGCGAUCCCAAUGCAUGCUGGAAAAGAGGAAGGUCCUCAUGGACACAGCCCUUCAGAACUGGGUGCGCUGCCAGGCCAGGUUAGCCGACAGCAGAUGCGGGUUGGAGGAAGUGAAGGCCAGACUGAAGCAGCCGCUGCCAGAGCUCCUGGAGGAACUCCGAGUCACAGAGAAGCUCACAAAGGAGAUUGAGGGCUCGCUGGAAGAGUGGGUCCACGGCCUGGAAGAGCUGGCCCCCAUGAAGACAGACCUGGCCCGUUACAUUAUCGCAGCAGACAUGGCACUGUUACAAGGUCUGCAGCAGCAGCUCCAUAGCCAGUGGGAGGAGCUCUGUGAGAAGGCAUUUCUGAGGAAACAGGAGAUCUCUGACCGUUUCGACGCUAAGACUGUCUUUGAAGAGAAAAGGAAGGAGCUUUGCAAUUGGCUGAUGGGGAUGGAGGGCAAGGUGGCGGGCAGCGCUGACCUCAGCACGAAAGAUGCACUGGACAAGCUCAACGAGGAAUGCAUGAGGGAAAUGUCCUGCCUCCGGGAGAACAAGGCCCUCCUGGAGCGGCUGGGGGAGCGGCUGGUGGCAGCGGGCGGUGAGUGUGAAGAGGCACUGAGGGACGUCCGAGACCGCUGGCAGCACCUGUCUGACCACAUCGAGUCCAGGGUGAAGCAACUGAGGGAGAGGCUGCUGAAAGAGCAGCAGCUGGAUCAGCAUGUGAGAGGCCUGUGGGCGUGGCUGUCCCACACAGAGGCAGAGCUGACCAUGCCCCUGCUCUACAGCACCUGCCACAGUGACGAGGUCCAGAGGAUGCUGGCCAAGCAAGAGGACCUGGAGCGGGACUUGGAGCAGCAUUCGGAGAGCAUCAGGUCAGCACUGUCUCUGUGUGACACACUCCUGACGGAGGUGGACCCCUGCAGUGAUGUGGACAGCACUGCCCUCCAGGAGACCUCCUGCAGCCUCAGCCUCCGCUGGAGGAACAUCUGCUCCCUGUCCCUGGAGAGGAGAAGCAGGAUUGAGGAGACUGGGCAGUUGUGGCGUGAAUUCCUGGAUGAACACUCACACUUUGAGGACUGGCUGCGGGCAGCUGAGCAGACCACGGCCGACCCCAACUCUGCCAAUGUCCUCUACACCAGUGCAAAAGAGGAGGCCAAGAAAUUUGAGGUGCUUCAGAGGGAAGUGCAUGAGCGUAUUGCCCACUUGGAAGUGCUCAACAAGCUGUACCGGCGGUUGGCCCGGGAAAACAGGAUAGACAUGGCCGGCAAGCUUAGGGACAAGGUCCACGAGGCCAACCGGCGCUGGGACAGCCUGCACAGGCACAUUGCCGCCAUCCUCAGGAGGCUGAAGCACUUCACUACCCAGUGGGAGGAGUUUGAGGGCUUGCGGGAGGGUCUCAUGUUUUGGCUGACAGAGCUAGACCUGCGGCUGACCAACAUGGAACACCUCUCUGAGAGCGAAGCCCAUGACAAGCUGAGGCAGCUCACUGUCAUGCAGCAAGAGAUCGAUCUGAAUGGCAAUAACAUCGACCAGUUGAGUGUGUCCGGAGAGCGGCUGAUCCAGAAGAGUGCUUCCGCAGACGCCGUGCUGAUUGAGGAGCAACUGAACGAGCUGCACUCCUACUCCCAGGAGGUGUUCGGCAGGGUGGACCGCUUCCACUACCGGCUGACCCACCCCAGGGUGGUGUCUGAGGGGGAGCAGGACGUGGAGGAGAACACAGAGAGGUCCUUGGAGAAGGAGGAGGAGGAGGGCAAGGAUGCCGAGAGAGAUGACAUGGUCCAGCAGGGGCUGUGCCACCUGGCAACACCCCAAGAGCAUUUGGCAAGUAGGGCCCUGGCCAGUGAGGAGCCCAUCCCCCUGGAGAAGGACCACACCAAGGAUGUGAGCGCAUCUUCAUCUCGUGAGGGGGAGGAGGAGAAGGCGUCCUUCUACAGACCCCCUUCAGAGACGUCCAUCACAGAACCCCCCAGCCAGCCUUCCCAAGAGCCCCAAGAGAAGAGAUAUCUAUACCAGGAUGUCAUUCAGAGGCUUGGCUCCUCCCUCACACAUACCAGCACCCCCUGCAAGCAGGGUUAUGCCAAGCUCAUGUUGGAGUGCAGUGGCAGCAUCGACCGUGUAAAGAGGGUGUCGCUGAUCCUGGAUGAUGUUGGGGACGAAUCACCAGCCGAGCAAGGUCUCACCAGCCUGACCACAGCGGACAAGCCAUCAGGAGUCAUCCACCGCUGGGAGGUGCUGCAGGCCCUGAGCACUGAGCCACGUGCCCACGACCAACCACACUGUCCAACCUCCGACCUCAACAACAUCACUGCAUGGCUGGGGCGGGUGCUGCCCGAGCUGCAGCAGCUGGAGGGGCCGCACCCCCCCACCAGCAUCCAGGACAUGGAGUCCAGUGUCAGGAGUCUGAAGGAGAUGCAGAGGACCUUUGACAGGUACAAGGCCCUGAUGAUCUCCCUGAACCUGAGUGGGCAGGAGCCAUGGCAGGGCGAGGGCGAGCCUGGCAUGGCAGGCGAGAGCGAGUUGGGUGUGAUGGGUGAGAGUGAGCCAGGUAUGGCGGUCGCGGCAGGUGUGCGAAGCAUGAACCUGGCCUGGGUGGAGGCCUGCACUCACCUAGAGCGAUGGGAGGAGACUCUACGUAGCGCCCUCAUGAUGUGCCAGGAAUUCCAUGAGACGCUGCACUCAACGCUGCUGUGGCUGGCUCAAGCCGAGGGUCGGCUUUUCUCAGUGAACAUCCACCAUGACCCCAGCCUGGAUCCUGACACUCUGCGCAGCCAUCGCGAUACUCUGACGGGUCUGGAGAGGGACCUGCGAGAGCGACAGGAGCAGAUGAACGCCCUGGAGGAGAUCUCAUCCCAGCUGCUGCUGGAGGCAUGUCCCGAGGCGGGACAGGUGGGCAAGGAGGGCAAGGAGGGCGCUGAGGCCAAGGAGAAGCUGCACGUCAUCAGCAACAAGCUGCGGCUGCUGCUCCGUGAAGUGACCCGCAACCUGCAUGCGAUCCGGGAACGACUGGGUACUGGGUCAAACUCUGCGUCAGAGACUGAAGGAGAUCGUACCAUCCAGGAGCAGGAAGGAGAAACCGUAGUUCGUGAGCCACCCACUGAAAACAGAAGCGUGGCAAGGCGGGACCCGUCACCCCCGCGCUCCUUCUUCUACCGGGUGCUGCGCGCCGCCUUUCCCCUCCACUUGCUCCUCCUCCUCCUGCUGGUACUGGCCUGCCUGGUCCCACCUUCAGAGGAGGACUACAGCUGUUCCCUGUCCAACAAUUUUGCCCGCUCCCUCUACCCCAUGCUUCACUACACCAAUGGGCCCCCUCCCACCUGAGAUGUGAGACCCUACCCACCUGAGACCUAGUCCAUUUGAGACCCCGCCCACCUGAGACCUAGUCCAUUUGUGACCCCACCCACAUGAGACCUUGUCCAUUUGAGACCCCACCCACAUGAGACCUGACCUGCCUCACACACAUGGGCUAAUGAAGCUCUUUUGACUUAAGGGUCUUUAUUACUGCCCUUAAGAGAAAAGUGCUUUUAAGGCAUUUGUAUAUAUUUACUCUAAACUUUUAAUUGAACAUACAGCCUGCAUAGAUGCAUUUGAGUUGAAGUUUAAUCCCCUCCCACAUCAGCGAAAAUAAUGCCAAAUAAACGAUCCAGCUGAAAUAUGGAUUUAAGUAUUUUUUUUGUUUUGUUUUCAUCAUUAUUGUAACAAAAUCAAGAACACAAGAUAGGAAUUACAUCUUAUUAUGGGUAGGGAAUACCCAGUUUUGUCUGUGGUGAUGCACGGCUUGAAUAUUUAUGAAUGUUCAUUUUAAUAAUGACUGUCAAUGUUGGUGAAUAUGAUUUUAUCUCACCAUCACAAUUGCCUAUGAAUGGGUAAUUCCUGUCUUUGACUCUUAGCCAAAGUGUACCUUUCACCAUCUUUCUGUAGUGCUUCACACAGCAAAAAUAGGUAUCAAGGGGUUGGGAGUUUCACAUAAGUAGAAGUGGGUGAAUGUUUUUUGUUUUUGUUGUUUCUUUUUUCCAGUCCAACACUGACUUAGAAUAUGUAUUGUACAAUAUGAUUUCAAAUCAAUUUAAGGUCCCCCAAAAAUUUUAAAGAGAGUUUAUUUUGAAAAUGCUACUUUUUGCUGAAUUCCAACACAGAAUUUUUGUGACAGCUGCUGUACUGUUGAGAACAGGGAGAUCAUUUAAAACACUGAUAUGUCCUGUGUUCAGUGUGGUAUUUUUUAAUGUAAUGGAAUAAGGGGUGUGAGUCAC